GAGAAAGUUGAAAUUGGCAUGCAGCCAUACUUAAAAAAUUACCGUCCACCACCCACCACCCUGCCACUUCAGCAUCGCGUGCCAUCGGCAUCUGAAUUGACACCAGUCCAUCUUUUCCGAUAGGAAUUGAAACUUGAAAUUCUUGCCGGUGAGAAAGUGUUAAGAAGAAGCUAGGAUGGUCGAAGUGAACUGGGAGCUGAAGAGCUUCUGUAACCACGAUCAAAGGAUCUUCCUUCUCACAAUAGGCGUUUACUCCAUUGUUAUCCUCGUUCUGUGGAGAACAUUCAUUCUAACUCCUUUUAAGCUCAUUACUGUAUUUCUUCAUGAGGCAAGCCAUGCAAUUGCUUGUAAACUUACAUGUGGCCAGGUGGAGGGCAUGGAAGUUCAUGCAAACGAGGGUGGAUCGACACAAACGCGUGGUGGUGCUUAUUGGUUGAUUUUGCCUGCUGGAUAUCUAGGUUCUUCAUUUUGGGGAAUGGUUCUGAUACUUGCAUCAACAUAUCUUAUGACCGCAGAAAUUGCUGCCGGUUGUUUUAUUGCAGCACUGGUUGUGGUACUGUUCUAUGCCAAAAAUUGGACGCUUCGAGGACUUUCCAUUGGAUUCAUCGUUUUCAUUGCUUUAGUAUGGGUUCUUCAAAGAAUGACUGAAGUACGGGUUCUUCGCUAUGUCAUUCUAUUCAUUGGUGUUAUGAACAGUUUGUUUUCUGUCUAUGAUAUAUAUGAUGACUUGAUAUCGCGGAGGGUUCACUCAAGUGAUGCGGAGAAGUUUGCAGAAUAUUGUCCAUGCCCUUGCAAUGGUGUUGCCUGGGGAGUUAUCUGGGGGGUGAUAUCUUUCGUAUUUCUUUGUGCAGCAGUUUACCUUGGACUUGUUAUUUUAUCUUGAGGUGAUAUGCCAAAUUCAUUGUGUGAAUCUAGGUAGGGGCCGUGCUUCAAUUCCCAUCUAAUUCAUCCUUCCAAUGUGCAUUUUCAAGUACAUGCAAUGGUAUAUUACGGCCCACCAUAAUCUUAUCCAACUAUUCAUUUUAAUGUGAGUACUGCCUUACAACAUCGUGUGUAUCCACCCCUACUUAUAUUGAUCUUAAUCAAUGUAAAUUUACUUUAACUAUUUGCCUAAAUGUUGCUCAUGAAUAAACGGCGCAAGGCAAUUGAGUGCUUUAUGUUGGUCGCAUUUGGCAAAGGAUACUGCUUUCACUGAACUGUUAUUUCCGUUGUCUUGUACUAUACCAAGUGUGUGUAUGUACUCUUGAUGUCCAUUAGGACUUCGAUUGAAAUUUGUAUUUUAGUUUAACUGUGUUGCAUGAUCUUAUUGGUUGAUCCGGGAGUUAUCAUGGUCGGAUUGCGCAAAGAACAUGACAGAUAUACAUGUAUACAUAUAUGAGUGAUUUAGAUUUUUUUUGAAGAUCGGCUAUGUUGAUAUAAUAAAAUUCAUAAACCUUACAUCUGAC